UGUUUUGGGAAGUAGUGGGGGACUUGUGGCGGGAAUUUCACACGUGUCUGUAGCGGUGAAGUUAUUCUGCCCUUCAAAUUGAUCGAAAGCGUCAUAUUUGCCUGACACAAUAUGGGAGAUCACAGGCAAGAGAAGUUUGAAUUGAGAAACGAUGCGCCUAUUUCUCCUUUGAACGGCGAAACUCUUAGAGCCCAGGAGCACAAAUCUGUGGCAAAUGGACCUAACCGUGCCGACUCACCUGUGAAUGGUGUCCAGGAAUACAAGAGAUGUACUUUCAGCGCCGAACCCACUCUCGAGGACAUACGACGGAUGCAGGCAGAAUUCGCAGACGAGCGCAACUGGAACCAGUUUCACCAGCCCCGAAACCUCCUCUUGGCGAUGGUUGGCGAAGUAGGAGAGGUGUCCGAACUCUUCCAAUGGCGUGGGGAAGUUGCCGAGGGACUGCCGGACUGGACAGAGUCGGAAAGAGAACACCUGGCUCAAGAACUGAGCGAUGUCUUGAUCUACUUGGUAGAGCUUGCUGACAAAUGCCACGUUGACUUGCCUCAAGCGGUCCUUCGUAAAAUGGCUCUGAAUCGACUGAAAUAUCCAGCUAGCAAAGUCCAUGGGUCGGCCAAGAAGUACACUGAAUAUAAAGAGUAAUGCUUUUUGUUUGUCUUCCAACUUUCCCCACUGAGUUGCAAAGAAAACUCGGACUGUUUCCAAAGAUUGUACAAAGAUGGUAUGCAACAAGAUUGUGCAGAGGUGUUUUUUUAACAUUUUAUUUUUGCGUGCUUUUACCUUUUACUUAGUGUAAAGUCGAUAACACUGUUUUACUUUAACCUAGGUCACCAGGAAUCAGUGAGAUCUGUAGAUAUUUAUCUAUUGUUAAUUGUGUAAAUUCCACAGUGACACGUUAUUGGCAUUGUAAAGGAAAGGAGGCCCAAGUUCCACACUUUCUGGAGCCUGUAACUGUGUGUGGCUUCAGUUUAAUUCACUGCCCUAUGCUUUUUACAGUUUAUAGUGUCUUCUGGGUUUGCAUGAUGAAAGCAGUACAAAACAAACAGUUAUCUUUUGUUUAGUGGUUUCUUUGUUUUCCAUAGAAAACUGCAACUCUUAACUGAGGUGGCAGUCUGUUAUAUGCAUGUCAGCUUGUCCUGUGUAUUGUACCCUGCAUUGCCUUGCUCUUAAUAGUACACUUGAAAGGUU